AGGAAGUAAAUAAGCGUCUAUGCCAACGCCAAGCAAGCGUCAAAUCAAGCAAUUUGAAAUAAUACAACGAACAUUGCUGUGUUGUAAAUCUCUUGCUAACGCUUUUAUUUCAUUCCGAGACAUAGCAGACAUUUUUUUUGCUCAUGGCAGCGAUGUUGGAUUUCAGGACUCAUGUGGACCAGUCUUGCAGGUAUUCGGAGGAGUUCGUCAACAUAUACUACGACUGCAUGGAUAAGAAAAGAAGGAACCUCACCAGACUCUACCUGGAUAAGGCGACCUUGGUGUGGAAUGGAAACACUGUGUCCGGACUAGUUGCCCUGGGAGAGUUCUUUGAGGCACUGCCCUCUAGCGAGUUCCAAAUCCAAACACUGGAUUGUCAACCAGUUCACGAUCAAGCAACUCAAGGUCAGAUGACUCUACUUGUAGUCACCGGCGGAACAGUCAAGUUUGAAGGGAACAAGCAGCGUUUCUUCAACCAGAAUUUUCUUUUAACGGCUCAGGCGUCUCCAAACAACGAUCAACCUGUGUGGAAGAUUGCUAGUGACUGUUUUCGUUUUCAAGACUGGAAUAGCUGAUUGUCCUCAGCUAAAUUGUCUUUUGAUGUAUAUAGAUUUGUAAUGGGAAGAGAGGUGGAAUGAGAUCCACAUUUAGUAUGAAAAGGGUUUUAUUUUCAAGAAUAGCUUGAACAGUAAGGCCUGUGAUUAGGAUGAGUAGUUUGUGUACAGUAUACAAACAAGUUCAUGAAAAUACAUACAAACACGAUACUGACUUGAUCAGUUUCCCCUUUACAAAGGCUAAAGGUGUAGCUGCUGCCACCAAGCAUGGUCUUUAGCCAUUUAUCGUGAACAAAGUAACCUGCUCAGCAUGUGCUGAAAGUGCAAGCAAAAAUCCUUUUGGCAUUGUCCCAAAAUAAAACAUCUGCUCUUGG